AUAUCUGCAGGUAAUUUUUUGAAUCACGUUACUAGUGUAACAAAAUCGUGGGAGACAUGUUAAUUCGUAUCUGAAAUCAUAAGGAUUCAAGAGGAAAUGCCAAAACAAAAAUCCGGGAUAAAAAAUGAAUCGUUUGAAAUGGAAGAAAUGGAGAAUAGUUCACAGUGGGUUUCCUUGAAAUAAAAGCUUUCUAACAUAAAAGUUAUCAUUCACGCCAUAGUGCCAAAAAGGCUACAAGGAGAAAGUUUAAUGAAAAGCAGCCUGAUAGUCCAAAAGCAACUUCUUGUGAAAAGAGUAUUGAAACAAAUGAAGGGAUUGGUAGCCAAGAUGGAAUCCUUGAAAUUAUUAUUUAUAGAACUGAUCGGCUCAAAGUGGCUUCCUCAACAUGUCAUUUAUUUGUUCGUGUUCACAUUAUGGAUACUGAAACAGAAGACUAUAUAAAAUGUGACAAAAAAAUCUCUGGGUCUAUGGUAGAACAGUCGACUUACGUACUGCCGGUCAAAACAAAGCUGGUCAAUACAAAAUAUCAAGAUUUACUUAUGCCUGUUUGGGAUGAAAUAAUCAUUAUCAACGAAAAUUUUCGCACUUUUGCCAAUAACAAAAAUGUUAUUUUGUUUUUUGAGAUUCUUGAUUCAAUUGGAAAUAUAUUUGGAAGAAGUAACAGUGACAACGUCAAAACAUCUAGUGGGCAAAAUAUUGGCUCCCUUAUGACUGCGUGGGCAUUCCUUUUGCUGACGAAUUCCAAUGGUCAAUUAAAUACUGGUCCUAGGAAGCAACGAUUACAGCUUUAUGAGCCUAUUAUUAAAACAUCCACUUAUCCCCUAGAAAAAGUGGGAAACUUGACAGUUGGGAAAAUGUCAAGUUUAAGUAUUUUGCAAAAGCAUCAACUGCUAGCAAACGCCAGCUCCAAUUUAUUGGAAGACAAUGCAGUUGAGUCAGGCUAUCAUUUGCUAUCAUGUUGGAAAUCUGGAAGUCGAUAUAGAGUACCUUACCCUUCAUCACUUUAUAUAACCGUCAAGGAAACCGUUAUAAAAAAGUUUUUAGAAGGGCAUUCGGACAACAAAAUGGACUCAAAUCAAAACAUUUUCUUUCAAACAAAACAGUCAGAAAUCUCUGUGCAACCCAAUAUAAACACAAGUGAGUCAGCCCAACAUAACAUUUUACUGGAGAAUGAAAGUAAUGCUUUGAAUGCUAUGAGUGAAAGUAAACCAAGUGAACUACAGAAGUCUUGGACUAGAAAAUCUCAUCAACCAUGUCGUAUUCCAAACAUACUUGUUGGCUAUGGGGUAACAACAUGUAUAAAUACAGAUGAUAAUUUCGAGUUUUCAUUAGAUAUGGAAACAAAUAAAAAAUAUUGUACGACGACAAAAUCUUCUGGAGCUCAGUGUUUGGCAUUUUCACCAGAUGGUAAAUGGUUAGCGGUUGGAGUUAUACGAAAUUUACUGCUGAAUAAUACAACUGGAACUCCUACGAAAAAUAAAACAAAUAAAAUGGACUGUUCUGUUCUAAUUUAUAAGUUUCCAUUCGAUAACAAACGUAGCCAGCCAAAUUUAGAGUUAGCAGGACAUUCAGAUAUAAUCUAUUCUGUAGACUGGGCUAAAACUCCUGUGAUCCAAAACCAUAAGAAUAAAUCUACUCAAAAAUAUUCCAGUAAAGAUUUUUCUAAUACAAAAAUAUUUUGGAUUCUAGCAUCCGGUUCAGCUGAUGGGACUGUAAGAGUAUGGAGAUUGCAAUUUAAUCAAGUGUAUGAAAAUUUUACCAAUGAUCCUAAUACUAAUAUACCUGUUCCAUCUGAUACAUCAAAAUCUCCAUUUCAAGUUGGUCAAAUCAUUAACGGAUCAUCUCACAAGAAAGGUAUUUUAUGUAAUGUGCUUGGUCAUCCGAAUUUUGUGUAUAGCGUAGCAUUUAAACCGAUAUCUAAAGAAUUAGCUUUGAAUGAUUUUCGAGUUCUUCAAACUUUGGUAAAUCGAGAUCAUCUACUUGCAACAGCAUGUUAUGAUCGUGUUAUUCGUUUAUGGAGUAUCAAACACAACGAAACUCAAUUACUACAAGAAUUGAAUGGAGUACACCAAUCACAUAUAAAUAGUUUAACAUUUGAUACAGAUGGAUCAUGCAUAUACUCAGGUGAUGCUUUAGGUCUGAUUGUCAUCUGGAAAGAAACAGAAAACCAACAACGAAAACAAGUUAAAUGUCAGCCCAAAUGGAUGUUUGAGAAAAAAAUUGAAGUUCGAGAACUAGAUAUGUGUAUAAUCAACCAUUUAGAGUUUCAUCCUACACUCAAUCUCUUACUCGUACACACAAGGGAUAACUGUCCAAAAAUGCUUGAUUUAAGAUCAAAUUUUAUCACAACACGAUUUCAUGGAGCAUUGAAUAAUACUGAAUUAUUACGUAGUUGUAUUUCACCAUGUGGUUCAUUCUUAUUUUCUGGUUCCGAAGAUCAAAAUGUUUAUGUGUGGAAUGUCAAUACAGGUGAUCAAGUUGCAUGUUAUCAGAAUUUACAAUUGCCAGGAUCUGUUACCUCAAUAAGUUAUCAUCCUAUGGAUAAUGUGAUAGCUUUCGCCGCUGUUGGACCAGACUCACCAAUUGCUAUAUACGCAUACAAUAUUAAAGCUAAUCAGUUGACAACAUUAUCUCAAAAAAUAAAUGAAGAAAAACUGCCAUUUUAUGAAGAGGAAUUGAACUACAUUGAACAACCACCUGAUAUUCUUGCAUCUCAUGUCAAAUUUAAACAACGUGAUGUUGAACGAGUAUUACUUGCAAUGUCUAAGCUAGAAAGUGUUCUGAACGUUUCCAAACCCUUAACAAAAUAUCCUCAAAACAAUUUACAUGAAUUAGAAUGGAGACCAACAUUUACUGUAAUUGAUGAGGUUUCUGAUCUACCAAGUACAGUAAAUAAAUUGGAUUCAGCGAAGAAUGCUGCUAUCAGGACACAAACAUCUGAGAGUACCACAACUGUCUUCACAGCGCUAUAUGAUUAUCAAGCUCAGAGGUCAGAUGAAUUGAAUUUCAAACGUGGCGAUAAGUUGAAAAUAUUGUACAAAGAUACUCCUAGAUGGUGGAUGGCAAAACUGGUUACUACUGGUCAACAAGGAUUUGCACCAGCUAAUUAUAUCUCAGAAGAUAUUCAUGGUAAAGAUGAUGACAACAGUCAACAGCUCGCUUCAGCAAACAAGCACAAUCCAUCAAAUUUGUCUAAAACACAUUUAAAACAUCUAGAUUUAUCAGAAGAACAAAUUCUUAGUAAAGUUAACAAUAAAUCUGGUUCAGUGAACAAUAAUAAUCUGCGUUUAUGGGAUUCUGGUUUGAUAGAUGAUAACAUCAAUUAUUCGAAAAAUUCACAAACUCAGUCUAAUUAUAUGGAUCUUUCUAAUACAGACAUGAAGCCUAUUACACUGAGUUCCGGUUCAAUGAAAAAACGUAAGAGUUCUGCAAGACCUUUACCCACGUUAAAUUAAGCAUUAAAAUGUAUUGUCUUUAUACCCUUCAGUAUUAAUAUUACUCUAUUUUCUUUUUUAAAUUGCUUUUCCUAUAUUAUCGAAGUCUAGUUGCGUUUUUUAAAACAAAAUUUAUUCUUACUACUUUUUUAAGGCAUGGGAAACAUGUGUAUUAUUUCAUUUAACA